UGCAAUAAGGAGUGAUAGGAGCUUCACCUGGUCGUCAAAUAAUGUCGAUUUUUUUUGUUUUGUUUGUUUUUGGUAACAGUCAAGAGAAUAGUCCUGUUCGCUUAUCCACUGGAUUCUCAGAUCAAUAGGUCCGUGCGUCAAGAACUAAAUGUUCUAGUUCACAGUGGCACGUGCGGUGGAGACUCUGGUGGAAAAUUGACUCAUCUGCGCAACGGAGACAAAUAUACAUGGAACAUAAGAAUGAGGAAAAUAUAUGUUGGUUUCUCAAUGGGAUGCUGUUUCAAAAUUACUUUUUUAGGUGUGGAGUUUAGUUCGGAAUUGGUGAAGACAUGGGAGACCCUUCCCUAAGCCGCGACUGUCCACUGGAUUGCAAGGUCUACGUUGGUAAUUUGGGCAACACUGGUAACAAGACUGAGUUGGAGAGAGCAUUUGGCUACUAUGGUCCACUGAGGAGCGUAUGGGUGGCCAGAAAUCCACCCGGCUUUGCUUUUGUGGAGUUUGAGGACGCCAGAGAUGCGGCUGAUGCUGUGAGGGAACUUGAUGGAAGAACACUAUGUGGUUGUCGGGUGCGAGUUGAAAUGUCCAGUGGUGAAAAACGAUCAAGGUAUCGAGGGCCACCCCCUUCUUGGAAUCGCCGCCCACGUGAUGAUUCUAGACGCCGCAGCCCACCCGCUAGACGCCGGUCUCCCAGGAGGCAGAGCUUUAGCCGUAGUCGGAGCAGGUCCCUUUCCAGAGAGAGGAGAAGAGAGAGGUCUUUAUCUAAUGAUAGAAACUAUAAACCUUCAAGGUCUUUCUCAAGAUCACGCAGUCGUUCACGAUCCAAUGGUCGGAAAUGAGAAUUGUUCAAGUCCAGCAUUGUCAGAAAGCAUGUCUGUGCGUUCCUCCUCAACAGACUAAGAUGAUGGGAAAUAAUGGAUUUUUUUUGUUUGUUUUAGUUUUUUUUUUUUUUGGCCCCAAAGUCUUUUUAAAAUGUGUUUUCCCUAUAGCAUUCUGAGGAUCCUUUUUUACUUAAGAUAUCUGUGCUUAAUGGGUAGCAAUGGUUUCAUCCUGCCUAAAUGCCGGGAAUGUAAUUUUAUGCUGUUUGGGCAGUGAAAGGUUCUGAAAGGAGUAACUCAUGUCUGUUGAUCAUUUGAAACCAAUUUUGUAUGCUUUUUUUGUUUGUACUUCCAUUAAAAAAAACUUCCUUAUGAA